AUGGAUCCACGCAACCAUUUAGCAUACCAAAAAUUUCUCGAAAUUGGUACAUUACUUAUGGUUCUGUGGUUUCUCAGUUUUUCGGCAUUCAUUCUCGCAUCGUAUUAUGACGCUCAACCAUUCGUACAGCCUCUCAUUUUUGUCAUAUUUCUGAUUCUUUUUCUCAUCAAUCCAAUUCGAAUAUUCUGGUAUAAUGCUCGUAUAUGGUUUUUAAAAAAAUUGGGCCAAGUCUUUUUGGCACCAUUCUAUCAUGUUGACUUUGUCGGCUUCUGGCUCGGUGAUCAGCUCACAUCGCUUGAGUUGAUCUUUUUCGAUAUUGAAUUUUUCAUCUGUUUCUAUAUUUAUGAUGCCAAUUGGGGCUCAACGAAUAAACCGAGCGGUGCCUUCUGUAGUGGUUGGUCACAAUAUUUCUUACAAACAUUUUUUAUUCUCCUACCAUCCUGGUUUCGUUUUGCACAAUGUCUACGGCGAUACCGUGAUACUAAACACAAAUUUCCCCAUCUUGCAAAUGCCGGCAAAUAUGCAAGUGGUUUCUUCACAGCUAUAACCAAUACGAUUCGACGCGCUACCAAUCUUCAUUAUAAUAACAAUAAAAUAGUAAAUCCGUACCUUUACCUAUGGUUUGUGACGUCGUUCAUCGGUGCAACAUACAAAUUCAUCUGGGAUCUCAAAAUGGACUGGGGUUUUUUCGAUAAGAAUGCUGGUGAAAAUAAAUAUCUACGUGAACAAAUCGUCUAUCCAUCGAAGAUCUACUAUUAUGCAGCCAUUAUUGAAGAUUUUAUUUUGCGAUACAUUUGGGUCAUUAAUGUAUUUAUUUAUUUUCGCACACCAUCUGCCGAAUAUGCCGAUAUCAUCGGAUUUGCUUUUGGUAUCGUUGAAGUAAUUCGACGAUUUAUUUGGAAUUUUUUCCGUUUGGAAAAUGAACAUUUAAAUAAUUGCGGCGAAUUUCGUGCUGUUCGUGAUAUUUCAAUACGUGCUACACCAACUGAUAAUAAUUAUUUGCCAUUGGAAGAGAUGAAUUUUCAAGGUCAAAGUGCGCGUAUUUCGAAACAACGCCGUUUGACUUCAGCUCAAGAGAGAACGGCGACGUCGACAGUUGAGACAGAAAUGACGGUAGUGAAUGAAACGAGCGAAAAUGGCACAGUACUUCGCAAUAGCUCGAUGUCAACACUGGCCACAACGGAACAAAUUGCCGAUGAGAUCAAUGCUAUGUUACCGAUCGACCCAUUCGUGGACACCAAAUUGCUCUUGCCUCUCGACGAAUCGUCAAUCUAA